AUGACGGCGACUGCAGGUUCACAUAGUCGUAGACGCGGCGUCGGCUGGAGGCUGCCAGGCUCUGUGUUUCGUAUCCACUGGGAUGCGGUGCGCCUGUUAUCGAUCGUCUUCAUUGCGUUCGAGGUGCCGUACUUUUCCGUUUUCAUCUCGAUGACCGACGAGCAGCAAAUGUUCGUGGAGCAGCCUGAGUUUGGGUUGAGAUACUCCCUCGCGUUGGUGAUUGAAGUGCUUUUCGGCGUGGAUCUCGUGUUGCGAUCGCGUCAUUUCGCGCACUUGGACCCUAUCGUGAUGCUCCCAGUGGAAGACCCGCAGCUCAUUUUCUCUGCCUACAAAGCGAAUGGAUUCUAUCCCGAUCUAAUCGCGUGGCUGCCAGUGGGGGUGAUCUUAGAGUCUUUAGCUACGGCAUCAGACCAGAAAUACUCGUGGAUGCUUCGCUUACUUCGACUUCUACGAGUGCGGAAGGUCCCGGAGCUACUGUGGAAUAUCUGCGACUACUACAGCAUCAGCUCGAAGGCCCACCUUGUCAUUUCUUUACUACUAGGAGUCACGUUCAUGCUCCAUGUUGUUGGGUGUGUGUGGUUUGAGAUGGCCUGGAUGUCGGAAAUUGGAACUGCGAAGCAUGCGGAUAAAGGCGUGCUAACGGAAUUGUCACGCCCGGAAUGUUUAAAACACUCAGCACUGUUCGACAACUGCUCGUGGGUAACAUUCGACUGCUACGCUCAUAUCGGUGGCGAUUUCCCAGCCGAGAAUCCAGAUUCCAUGUAUCAGGCCUCAUUCGCGUAUAUGCGCUCCGUGUACUGGGCCAUUGUGACGUUGACGGCCGUUGGCUAUGGUGACAUUGUCGCGUAUUCGACUGCAGAGAGUUUCUUCGCCGCGUUCUGGAUAUUUGUCGGCGGGAUCAUCAAUUUUGGAGUCGUGGGGGCCAUGUCGAGUACUAUUUCCAAUGCCAUGGCGCCUCACCAUCAUCAUAUGGAGAAGCUUAACUCGCUGAACAGCGUGCUGGAGCGCCUGGACAUCUCCGAGAAACUCAGCGCCGAGAUUCGUCGCUUUUACCACCACGCUUUUACUGGACGCAAGCAAGCCUACGAGUCGCAGUUACUCUCGCAUUUACCCGAUCAACUCUGCUACGAAAUAUCGUCUUUACUGCACUCGGAAUCGGUGAAAAGUGUGGCGCUCUUCGACUCGGCCAGCAUCGAGUUUCUAAAGGAAGUGACAGGUAAAUUUCGUCAUCGGAUCUAUCAGAACGGCGACUCGAUUUGUCUGGAGGGGGAUGUCUGUCGAGAAUUCUUCGUGCUAUUGCAUGGCAGUAAAGUCAACGUGUUCUUCAGGUCUAGAAAGGUGCCGAUUCGUGGUCUUCAUGAAGGCGACAGCUUUGGCGUUCUGGCUUUCUUGCUGCGACGCCCCCACCCCGCUACCCUCACGGCCGCCUCGCUAGUGCACGCUUCGGUCAUGACUCGUGAACAAUUCGACGUCGUCCAACGCAAAUUCGACGACGAUCUUAAGGAUAUGAAGGAAGAAGCACAAACGCUCUGGACCGAACAGCAGAAGAACAUGCGACGUAUUGUGCGCAACCUCGAGAAGCUCAAGCUUCAGCCACACAUAAUGUCGACGUCAACUCUUCUCUGGAAGACAAUCGUCGUGCUGUGCAACGUGUACAACACCAUCUUCGUCAUCGUCCGCAUCUGUUUCCACUCGCAUCUUCACUUUUCAAGUGGGGCGAAUGCUGCUGUUUGGAUCGCCGACAUUUGUUGCGAUAUUUGCUUUGCGCUGGAUAUUUACCUUCGGCUUUACUACUUCGAGUGCCCUGAUGUCGGUUUGGAGAAUCUCGUCGAGCGGAAAGAGAUGGACAAGCAGUACCGUCGGAGUAUGACACUCAAGUGGGACAUGUUAGCGUCAGUGCCAAUCUACGCGCCAUUUGCUAGCGGAUCGCUGGUUGCCAGUCUGUGCAGACUGCCACGUCUUGUCCGCUGUGUCGAUUUGUGGUCAUAUCUGGAUGAUGCCAUCAUUCUGAUCCAGCAGCACUUCGCGUCUCACAGUGUAUCGGCGUAUCUGAGUCCUCUGAAGCUCAUGAUCAUCUUGGUGCUGGUGGCCCACUACGUAGGCUGCAUCUUCUUCUGGAUCUCAGAGCAUGAGUGUGAGCACGUUCAAAAGUGCUGGGUCAAAAAUGACCAUAUGCUGCACCAGUACCACCACUCGGUGUUGAUGCUGUACGCAAAGUCUUUUUACUGGGCUAUCACGACGUUACUGCUGGUGGGGUCUCGUGAGAGUGUUCCUCGUGACACGGCUGGCACGGUAUGGACGGGCUUGACGUGUUUGCUAUGCACAUUUAUCAUUGGACACGUCGUGGGAGAAAUAUCCGAACUGAUCCUCGAGCUUGGGAAAGAAGUAAAGCACUACAAGAGUCGAAUCACGAGCUUCGAUGGCUUUGCGAAGGAGCACGAACUGUCUGAUGGCCUACGGAAACGCGUUGGGUUUUUCUUUCGAGAGCAAUUCGAGCAUUCCAAAGGAUCCGACUUGCACCACACAGUACAUGACCUGUCGGCUAAUCUACGGCUCAAACUCAUGCUCGAAAUCUACGGCGACUCCAUCAAGUUACUGCCAAUCAGUCGCUUCCUCACGUCGGCGCAAAUCAACAAUCUAGCCAUUCGACUGAAGUCCGAAAUCUUCAUCCCAGGCGAUAACAUUCUAGUCGAGGGCACGUUCGGGAGUCGGCUGUGUACGCUUCGUAGAGGAAUAGCUGCCGCCUUCUGGACCCACUCGGCUACAAGUGUAGCUAUCCUGAUGGAGGGCGCGCUGUUUGGUGAAGUUGCGUUCUUUCUGUCGGGUCAACGGAGACUUGCAACUGUGCGUGCGACAACUGCGUGUGAAGUGCUGUUUGUCUCGAAACACGAUUGGCAGGAAUUGUGGACUUCCACUGGCGAUAUGUCGGAUCUUCAGAUCCAGAAACAUGCACAGCACGCCAUAUUCCACUGGGUUCGCGUUCGUCUGCUGCGCUAUCAACGAGCUAGUCUGCAUGCUGCUAGUAAAGCCAAACGUCUGCUAUCUUCUCGUCACUCGCUGCACUCGACGGCCGCAGCUGCUGCAGGGACCGCAAAAGCGAAAACCAGAUUAUCUGCUGUGCUACUGAACCACAGAGAGAGCACCUCUGAAAUGCAAAUUCUGGAGAGGAAAACGAAAUAUCUCCAAGCCAAAACUGACAAGUGUGCCAAACAAUUCCAUCCAGCGAUUGAAGCUUUGCACACUCCUCGACGAACUUCUUCAAUAAUGUCAGCAAGAAGCCUUCGCAGUAGCGUCUCGCACAGUCGAAGUCGAGGGAACUCCAGUGGGGUAUCAGGAGUUUAUCGGAGCAUGGUAGGCGACACAGCUGUGCCUCUCGCUCGGAGCAACAGUGUGACCACACUAGACAUUCGCUUAGUGCAGUUUAUGAUUGACACCAAUCCGAUCAACAAGUAUGUGCGCGAUGUUCUCUCGGACGAGCAUGUGCGAGGGAUUGAGAAGGAGUGCUGGACGCGUUGCAAGCUUCUUGCAGUGGCUCAAUACGGGGUCAGUAGACUGCUAGAGGAGCUCGCGCCAAGCGACACGAUCUUCACACAAUCGUCCACCCAGGAGUCCCGCGACGUACCACAAUCCGAUCAAACUGCGAGACUUUCGAGGAUGGUGCGUUGUCACUCGUUGCCGCAGUUUGGACGCGAGUUCUUCGAUGAAAUGCGUCGCAAUGACACCAGCUACUUGGCAGUGAACAAUACGCAGCUAGGAUUUGACUUUGAGACGCUCCAGCGCUCGCAGCGGCCUCAGCAUUCAAUGCAGCUACAAUUGCUCCAACGAUACCGAGCGUGGAAGGACCGCAAGCAAGCCACAGUUUCACCCGAGCAUCAGCACAUGAGCUCUCCUCGCAUUCUGAGUGAUGCCAUACCACGAACAGCUUCGACGCUGACCGACAGAUCAGCUGCAAUGGGAUCUCGACUCCAACUGGCGAGUCAGCAAGCUCUCCACAUGGCCAAAACUGAACUCAAGGCGAAGAAAUUCAUUAGAGAUGUCCAGCUAAUGGCGAGAUUGUGGGAUCUGGCGAUGCUCAUCGUAGCAGUUUACCACUCAAUUAUCACACCUUUCAAGGUGUGCUUCUCGCCCGACCUUGCUGAGUUAUCCGAUGCUGCUCUGCGUGGAUGGUCAGGAUUCGAGAUUUUCAUGGACUUACUGUGCUUAUUUGACGUGGGCUACAAACUCUGGUAUAGCUCCACGACACGAGAAAGUGGCGUCUCUGCAGUGGCAAGCUCACGGCAGCCAGGAAUUCGACGAGCACUGACGUCAAAUCCAGCGUUACGAACCUAUAUUGCUGCAAUGCUGCCGCUCGAACUGCUUUUAUUCGGUACCGAUGUACGAAUGCCUCUAGCUCGCGCAGAAGCGACUCGUGUUUCCUGGUGGACCUCUCGAUGGAUUUUACGGAUGAAUCGGGUGCUUCUCGCCAGUCGUAUUGAACUUCUAACGGAGCAGCUUUUCCAGUUUCUGAUCUAUGACCGCAAGGCGCAGGUCGACGAGGAAGUUCUCUACUUCCUCAAGAGACUGUUAUCCUAUCUGACUAUGGGACAUUUGCUAGCUUGUAUGUGGUAUCUCACGAGCUACGUGGGCUUCCAUCGUUAUGGGACGUCGUGGCUCGCGACAUCGGGCAUGUUAACGUACAUCAAAGAGGCUGAACACGCCGAAGAAACCGAGCGAAGGCUUAGCGAAGCGGUCGGUUCCUUUUCACUCGAGGCCAUCUCUGUGUCUCGUAAGUAUCUUCGCUCCUUGCUCUUCUCGAUGGAGUGCAUUUCCACGCUCUUCUACGGCGACAUUCUCUCCAUGAACCCUUUGGAGUUGGUAGCGGAAAUCGCGAUCACACUUUGGGCCAUUUACAUCUACGGCGCGCUGGUCGGUGCACAGGGAGAACUCUUGGAUGCACGUGCUAAGCGCGAGGCUGCGUUUGAGCAAACGCUAGGAGAGCUGCAUCAUUAUCUGGUCCACAACGACGUGCCCAAGGCGAUUAAGCGACAGAUCAAGGUUUACUAUGCGCGUCUGUGGGCUCGUCGUAAGGGAGAAGCUGAGUUUGCUGCGGUAGCUCACGUCUCUCGGUCUCUGUAUAAAGACGUCGUGAUGGCUACAUUGCGUGGCUUCGCAGGGCAGGUGGCAGCAUUCCGAGGACUGGACGAUCAGUUUCUGCGUGCCUUACUUGUCUGCCUGCACUACGUCGUGUGCUCUGCAAGAGAGGAGGUUUUCGUGCUCGGGGAUAUGGAUCGCAGCAUGUAUUUCAUUGCACAAGGGCGAGUUGCAGUCAAAAUGGGCAGCAGUGAAACGAUUCGUGAACAUGGCGAGUUCUUCGGGGAGCUGGCGCUUUUGUACGGGAUUUCUCGAUUAGAAACGUGUGCGGCAGUGACAGUAACGGAGAUGUAUCGGUUAGAUCACGAGCCCUACGAGCGUCUACUGCUCGAGUUCCCAGAGUAUCGAGCGCGGAAUAAACUGUCGUGGACCACCAUCUCCACUGGCUCGAGCAAGGAACGCUCCAUCAUCGAGGAGGCUUUACGCUGCUUUAAACAAUUACCGACGCUAUUGAACAGGGAGAGCAUCGCGGUUAACGCUGAGCGAAUCGACGCUCAAUUGCCACAGUCGUAUAUCUACCGCUCCGCCAUGGAUUUGUUGUCGAGGCUUAACAAGGUGGACCCGUUGGAGGCCAAGGAUUUGUAUCUCAAAAGUCGAUAUGGUGCUCGCAGACAGCUCAAGACCGCACUGGGCAUUGCCACAGCACGACUGGAACAAGAGGAAGACGCCGUACGCAGCUUUCACAGCUCACCCCCAACACCACGGGAGAAGAGUUUGCACGAACACCACAGUGACAGUUUGAAACACAUGGAAGCGGUAGUGGAAGAACUAUCAAGGCCCACGGAACACCAGAGGACGGAAACUUUGAAGAAGCUGUUCGAGAGAGCUCUAGACAAGUAA